AUGGCUUGCUCUUCCUCCAAGCAACAGACUUCUGGCACCUUUUGUCAACGUUCUGUAAAAGAUUCCAAGCUAGAUAAUAAUAAAGCUAUUGAAUUACGGAUAGUGAAAACCCCCUUCAAAUUUCCCAUUCAAUACGCUACUACGCAUCCCGACUUGAGUGAUCUCGCAGCCCUUCUCUAUCAAAGGGGACGCCUCAAGAAGCUCAGUCUUGAUGAGGACGAUCUCGUGUUCUUUGGCAGUUACAAUCACACAAACUAUCACGACAUUGAGGAAGAUGAUGAUGAGCCCCUUCGCCGCGAUAUUUUUCUGUCCGAUUUGGAGACUUCUGCCGCCGAUCCACUCAUCGUUCGUUUCCCGCGAUCGAAACACGCAGUUGUUGCCAAUCUUGAGGUCCCAGUCUCUUCCAAGAAACACAAAUUCACUAUGCCUCAUUCCACUGGCACUUGGUUCAUGCUACUUGAAGAUACGCGCCAGAAUUGGAAGAUCACUUCAAAGACAAGGAGACAGAUCUGA